UGCAUGCAUACAGAAACGUCCAAGUUCUAGAGCUUCUUGGCUGCUUUGCAUCUGUGCAGUCGUUUUUCAAGGAGACAAGCUACUACAAGAUGUAACUGUUCCUCGUGGGUGGGAGCAAGAUACUCCAGCUCACCAGUCUUGCAACUCGCUCUAGUCCCUGCUACAAGAUCAAUCAUGCUGCAGCUUUGGUGUCUCUGCAUAACCUUAUGUGUCGCCAUCGCGAGUGCACAGCCGGACUUGUCAUGUCUUCGAACCUGUCUGGCGUCCAAAAGCACACCCUCGACCUUCAGUGACAAUUCCAACUGGGCAAAGCUUGCUUCUCCUUUCAACCUUCGUCUGCAAUAUAAACCAGCCGUAGUUGUGUCGGCAGAUACCGUGUCUCACGUUUCCGAAGGCGUCAAAUGUGCCAGUAGCUGCGGCGGUUUCAAGGUCCAAGCUAGAAGUGGAGGCCAUUCAUAUGCCUCGUUCAGCACAGGAGGACAAAAUGGGAGUGUCAUCAUAGACCUGGCUUCACUCAACACCGUGACCGUGCAUGCUAACAAGUCCGCAACAAUCGAAGGCGGUGUCCGGCUUGGGAACCUCGAUCUUUCACUUUUUGAUGCCGGUAAACGAGCAAUCAGUCAUGGAACCUGUGCAGGUGUUGGUAUUGGCGGCCACAGCACACACGGUGGCUACGGCUACGAUUCACGAGCUUGGGGCCUGGCGUUAGAUCACAUUGAGGCGCUUGAAGUCGUGUUGGCCGAUGGUUCAGUCCAACGAGUCUCUGCGAAGCAGAACGAGGACGUUUACUGGGCCGCACGAGGCGCCGCAGAUUCCAUAGCGAUCGUCACGAAGUUCCACAUGCGCACCCAAGCCGCACCCGAGAAACUCGUGUACUGGUCCUACGAUCUGUCCAACUGUAUGUCCAAGAAAGCGACCUUCGUCGCGGCCUUCCAACACGUCCAAAGCUUUGCCCUCAACACGACCGUCCAAGACCGACGUCUGAACUGGGGCAUGUGGCUCGGCACAGACUCAUGGUCAAUCCAGGGCAAAUUCUUCGGCACGCUCACAGACUGGAAGACACGAAUCGAGCCCGAACUCCUCCGCACUCUUCCGAAGCCCGCAGGCAGCGACGUGCGCGAGGUCUCCUGGCUGAAAGCCCAGGCGCUGUUCGAGGGCUCCGAAGACACGGCCGCGCUUGCAAAACCCAAGGAGCCGGGCACGUACACCGAGCACGACACCUUCUACACCAAGAGCCUGACGGUCCCGGACCCGCUCUCGGCAGAGGCGCUGGGCAAUUGGUAUACCUAUGCCACGACGGCCGGAGCGCAGAUCACGUCGCCGAAUCAAUGGUCCUGCGACUUCGAUCUCUACGGCGGGCCGGACAGCCAGGUCAGCAUCUACAACAGCACGUGGUCGGCGUUCCAGCCGCGCAACGCGCUGUGGACGCUGCAGAUGUCUGCCGGCGUCGAGGGAAACCGCGCGUUCGACAAGAAGCUGAUUUCAUUUGUCAAUGGCAUCAGCACGGCCAUCACGAGCAAGAUGCCGAAUACGAAGUUUGCCGCGUAUCAUAAUUAUGUGGAUCCGGAGCUUUCGCCGGCGGAGGCUCAUCGGUUGUACUUUGGGUCCGAGGUGUAUGAGCGGCUGUUAGCGAUCAAGAAAAGGGUUGAUCCGAAUGGCGUUUUCCAGAAUCCGCUUUCUGUCGGUGUGGGUGAUGCGUGA